GGCUCUUGGUCUGCUGAGAUUUGGCCGCGGCACCUUCUGUCUUUAAAAUCGCGCUGUUUGGCAAAUUGUCAGCCUUUUGAAAAGUUAGCUGGUUGAGGCUUUGCGUGCGAAAUCAAAACCACGCUCUGUAAUUUGAUCCCGUUGUAGUAGCCGGCACCUUAGAAAUUCCCAACGGCUUGACUUAGGAUGAGGGAAGUGAUCGUCCAGAGGAAGGCCCGGAGUUGGCGUGUUUUGGGCUUGAUGUGUGUGGAAGUGGUGCGCGGGGUUUUAGAGCAGAGCGAGGCGCCUUCGGGUCCCCCGGAACCCCGGCCGUCGAGCUGACCCCCGACAAGCGCCGGGAGGCGGUCGCGGCUGUCCUGACGGUCGGACGCGGUGUGGCGCGGCGGGAAGUGUCGUUUUAACCGGCCCGAGGUGGGAAUGCUGCCUUAACGGAGUGGACGGUUUUCAUGGUGGGUAUAACCCGUAUAUAGAGAUAAUUGAACAACCCAGGCAGAGGGGCAUGCGGUUUCGAUACAAAUGUGAAGGGCGCUCAGCAGGCAGCAUUCCUGGGGAGCACAGCACAGACAACAACCGAACAUACCCGUCUAUCCAGAUUAUGAACUAUUACGGAAAAGGAAAAGUGAGAAUUACGUUAGUAACAAAGAAUGACCCCUAUAAACCUCAUCCCCAUGAUCUGGUUGGAAAAGACUGCAGAGAUGGCUACUAUGAAGCCGAAUUCGGACAAGAACGCAGACCUUUGUUUUUUCAGAAUUUGGGUAUUCGAUGUGUAAAGAAAAAAGAAGUAAAAGAAGCUGUUAUUUCACGAAUAAGGGCAGGAAUCAAUCCUUUCAGUGUCCCCGAACCACAGCUGCUUGACAUUGAAGACUGUGACCUCAACGUGGUAAGACUGUGUUUCCAGGUUUUCCUCCCCGAUGAACACGGAAAUUUGACAACCGCUCUGACUCCUGUUGUCUCAAACCCAAUCUAUGACAACCGUGCUCCUAAUACCGCAGAAUUAAGGAUUUGUCGUGUAAACAAGAACUGUGGAAGUGUCAGAGGAGGAGAUGAAAUAUUUCUACUCUGUGACAAAGUUCAGAAAGAUGACAUAGAAGUUCGUUUUGUGUUGAACGAUUGGGAAGCAAAAGGUAUCUUUUCACAAGCUGAUGUACACCGUCAAGUGGCCAUUGUUUUCAAGACUCCGCCAUAUUGCAAAGCUAUAACAGAACCAGUAACAGUGAAGAUGCAGCUGAGGAGACCGUCUGACCAGGAAGUUAGUGAGUCUAUGGAUUUUAGAUACCUGCCGGAUGAAAAAGACACGUACGGUAAUAAGGCCAAGAAACAGAAGACAACUCUGCUUUUCCACAAGCUGUGGCAGGACUGCGGAGGUAAUUUUCCUGAAGGACCAAGACCUGGCCCCCUGGGAUCAACCACAGAAGGACGAUUCAUCAAAAAAGAGCCAAACUUGUUUUCUCCUGGUGCAGUUGCGACAGAAACACCCAGGCCCUCGAGUCAAGCAGAGCCCUACUAUUCCCCGCCUGUGUCCGUCUCCAGGGCUCUGCCACAUCACGGCUCGGCCGCGUCCUCCAUGAUGUCGUCGCCUUCCUCCAGCUGGCCGUCCGUGGCCCGCCCCAGCUCCCAGUCAGUCAGCACAAAUCCGCCAAAUAGCUUUUCCACAGCAACACUUUCCUCUAAUUCACAAGCCAUCCCCCCGUUCCUGGGAAUUCCUCUGGCGAGUGAUUUAAAUGCUUCUAGCGCCUGCGUUUACAGCAAUUCUAAUGACAUAGGCCGCAUGGAAGCCUCAUCCAUGUCACCAGCCGACUUGUAUGGUAUUUCUGAUGCCAGUAUGCUGUCUGAUUGCUCUGUGGAUAUGAUGGCGUCCUGUAACGAGAGCAUGAGGGAGACGGAUAACCAUCGACUUGUGAGCAUGCAUCUUGACAGCCCCACCUGUACUUCCGUGUUGGACCCGAGAAACUUGAGACAGCUCUGUCCGAUGGCCUCGUCCGGUGGGUCGGGCGCCAGUUCCACUGCUGCGGCUUUUGUCUCACAGCCAGACGCGUUUGAGGGAUCCAGCUUCGGCUGUGCCAGUAAUGGCCUGAUACAUGAGUCCGGAGCCGCAGACAGCACUAACCCAGGCAGCCACGGCUUCGUUCAGAGUGGCCAGUACUCAGGUAUCAGCACCAUGCCAAAUGAGCAGCUGGGUGACUCGUUUGCAUAUGAAUUUUUUCAAGUAUAACUUGCAAGGUUUAAAUGGUGAUUUAAGAUUGAAGUCCUUUAAAAUGUUUGCAGUCAUUUUAGUAUUACCUACUUAGGAUGCAGCAUUUUAUAUUUGUCUGACGAAGAUUAUAAUAGGGGUACACAUAGUGUUUUGUUGGUUUUGUUUUUCGUUUUGUUUUAUUUUUGAGGGAUGAUAGUCCAAAAACGUCUUUUUCAGGGAGAAAUAUAAAACUUUGGGCAUAUAGAAUACAAAGCUGAAAACUGUCGUAGAAGAAAAAUUCAAAAGUAGAAAUUUAAAGGGGUUUUACUGUUUCUUCUUUUGAAACACGUGACCCGGUACCAUGUGUGGCACUCACCGAGGAGAAUGUUAGCACAAAAAGCUUUUCUGAAUAUACUUUUUUAUACUUCUUUUAUAAUGUAUUAAUGUAUUGUUAGUUAAACAAAUUAACUGAUAUUUGCUUUCAAGCAAAUUUAAGGUAAAACGUGUAAUGGCUAUGUCAUUGGAAAAAUAAAUUCCUUAUUAUUUUUGAGGCCCGUGGCCAAGGUGACCCCUAAGGGGUUUUCUGAGGCUUGUUGGAGUUUCUUAGAUUUACAUGUAAAUCAAGAUUUCCUUAAAAUGCUAGGUUGGCAGGAGGCAGUUAACGUGAGCUUUUGCGGUAUGGGAGGGUCUCCACGGUUUGGACUUUUUCAAUCCAGACCUCUAAAAUUGCUUGUGAUUUUAGCUUUACACCUGUGUUUUUAAGGGGAAGAAGCUUCUUUGGACCCCUCCUCUUUGUUGUGUGAUCUUCUCUAAUUUCAUUUCUUUAAAUGCCAUCUGUAUGCUCUCAACUCCCCCAAGACCUAUCCCCUGAAUUCUAGAUUUGUGCCUGUGCACGUGUGCAUGCACAUGGACGCACACACGCAAACGGACACACACGCAAACGGACACACACGCAAACGGACACACACGCAAACGGACACACACGCAAACGG